AUGUGCAGCCUCGAUCCGGAUGCCGCACAGCCCGGCUUCACCAUCUUUGCUGCCACACAGACCACGGCGACAUAUCUUGCUUCUACGUACGCCAUUGACCCGAGCCCCUCAGCGGAAGCGCCAUGGACCGUCAUCAACUUCGGUGCUCAGUCAAACAAGAUUGUUGACAUACAGCCGCUGGUGCUCGGCUUUCAGGCAUACACACCUCGCUCAACUCCUGGGGCUGGGAACGGCAUUGCGUUCCACCAAUUUCAGAAUCUGAAUGAUCCGUGUCUCGACAAGGAUCGUCAGAUUAUCUUGCCCGACAUUGCCUUUCGCCAGGUCUUCUGUAAAGAGACCAUGCUUUCGAACCCGAGACGGUAUUUGCUCUCGAUUCUAGCUGUUUCCCAAGACAACGAGCUGUACGUCAUUGAUGGCGAGCGCGACCCCAAGAACUUUGGUCUCCCAACUUUUCGGUACUCUGGCCUGCCGAUCCGCGGAGACGUUGCCUAA